AACUAGGUUGCACAUGCGUCGACGCUACACACAAUCCGACAUCAAUCUGUAGAGUCAGCAGUGCUAGUAUUUCGCGAAAUUAGUUUUCGAGUGGUUUUGAGUGGUGGCAAUUCGUUGAAGUAUAAAGAAACGAGACGGAGCAAGAGACAUUUUGCCACAGAGGGGUGAACCAUUGUGGUUAUCUGAAGGAUUUAAUUUUUAGUAAAUUUUUUUAGUGAAGCAUUUCACAAACGUGUCUUAGAUUCGAUUGUCGUCGCGGAGAAUGACGAGCAGCUCAAAAAGGAAAGAAGAAGUUCAUUUGGCCAAUGGGGCCGUAAAACAGUCCACAUGGAGUAAAGUGUUCAAUAGUAGCGCCGUAUGGGAAGAGAAGGAUGAAUUUUUAGAUGUAAUUUACUGGUUUCGGCAAAUCAUUGCUGUUAUCCUUGGAGUGAUCUGGGGAAUUGCACCACUGAAAGGAUUUUUGGGAAUAGCCAUAUUCUGCGUCAUCAACGCUGGCCUCCUGUAUGUCUACUUCAGCAGUUUCCAACAGGUGGAUGAGGAGGAAUAUGGAGGGACAUGGGAGCUCACCAAAGAGGGCUUCAUGACCUCCUUUGCUUUAUUCCUGGUGGUAUGGAUAAUAUUUUACACGGCACUACAUUAUGACUGAAGAGCUGUGAAGAAUGCAUUUCGCCAGCAAGAGUAUGGAAAAUUUUAGUUGCUAUAAGAUGUAAAGAUGAGAACUUUGAAAUCCAAGUUGUGUGUUCUGUUGUCAGUAGCACACAUGGUCUUUGGAGGAGAGCAUCAUGGGUACUUGAGGAGUGACCUUCCAGACUGGUUGUGCAUCAGAUUUUUAAGCUAAAACUGUCCUGUGCACUGCCAUGGAUUUUUUUGUAUCUUAUAAAUAGCAUUGUAUUAAACAGGAGACUCUAACUAUUUAAUACAUUUUUUUGUUUUGUCUCAAGUAGCUUCCAGAUCAAAUCUUACCAUAUGUUCAGAGCUUAAUUUAAAAAUGUAAAUUAUCUGUGGAAUUUCCAUUUUAUCAAAUCCAAAAUGUAUUAAACAAUUUAUUUGUAUUUUUUCUCAUGUCUUGUUUAAUUAGACAUAAAGUAUUUUGUAGUGGAUAAACUGAUAGAAAAUGUACUUGAGGGCUAAUUGUUAUGAUUCUGUGUGAUACUAGGGAGAGUAAUAUGAAAUGAAUGAGGCUGUGAGGGUAUUUGAGGGAUUGUGCUUUGUGAUUGACAUCUUUUGGGAAUUCAAUUAAAGGUGGGCUUUAUUUGGCCUUUUUCCUAA